GAAACAAGUUAACAUUCUACUUUCUACACAUUCUUUUUACUGAGAGUUUGGAAAGCAUUUCAUUGCGACUUAACACACUAAUUUCAUGAAAUAUUUCUCUUUAAGACACCUGUUUUGCUGAAAGAUCUCUGCAUGGCGAUCCCGAUGGAGAGAACCGCUGGUGGCAGUACUGAGUUUGUCGAGAGUAUCUCCGAACUCCUGCCCCAGCCGACUCUCUGCGCUGCGAGCCCGGGUGUCGGCCUCGAGGAACCUCGGCCUGGAUGCUCGGGUGGCGAUCUGGAUGCGGAGGAUGAGAUCCGAAUGCGAAAGUGGGAGGAGAGGAAGCUUAUGUGGGCGGUGAUGUUCGAGAUGUGGAGGCAAGAGCAGCAAAUUCAGGACGAGAAAGAUGAGCAGGAGCUGGAGAUGAAGAUUCUGUUGAGACAGCAGGAGCAAGAGGAGGAGUGGUUGAGGAGCGAGAAGGAGAUGGAGAGAACCGCUGGUGGCAGUACUGAGCUUGUCGAGAGUAUCUCCGAACUCCUGCCCCAGCCGACUCUCUGCGCUGCGAGCCCGCGUGUCGGCCUCGAGGAACCUCUGCCUGGAUGCUCGGGUGGCGAUCUGGAUGCGGAGGAGGAGAUGGCCAACCACGAGAUGGUGGUGGAGCUCAGGAGCCAGACACAGGCGCUGCUGGCGGAGCCUCUGCCUGGAUGCUCGGGUGGCGAUCUGGAUGCGGAGGAGGAGAUGGCCAACCACGAGAUGGUGGUGGAGCUCAGGAGCCAGACACAGGCGCUGCUGGCGAGCACUGAACAAGUGGCUGAGCCUGUCAUCGCCAAGUCUUUGAAGUCCAAGUGCACGUGGUGGAAGAAACACCAGGCUCCCACUGCUGCUGCCAAUCAGGAUCCCAACAGCUGUGCCAGUACCAUGAAAGUGGACGAGUCACAGCUGGAUAAGAUCAGAAAACUGGAAAAAAAGGUCAGAGAGGCGGAGAAGACGAAGCAGCUGAGAGCCCUGGCUAAAGCCCAGAAGAAGGCAGCGAAGGAGGAGAAGAAGAAGAACAAGACAGACAACAAGAAGAGCAAGGCUGAGAAAGUCAAAGUGACUGGAUUCUGGGCCCGCUUGCUGUGUUUUAAGUAAUACUUGCCAUGGAAAUCAACGAGGACAACCAACACAGAGACACUCCCAUCAUGGACAUACUUUCAAAUUACAAUCGGGAUGAAUUUUUAAAUUUCUAUUAUAUUAUUAUGUAGUCUACUCCAGAAAUCAUGGCCAUGUAACAGACUUCAGUGUUUCCCACAGAAUUUUUGCUAUUGAGGGGGGGGUCAUAUAUUUUAUUACAAUCAUGCUUUAUUAUUAUUAUUAUUAUUAUUAUUAUUAUUAUUAUUAUUAUUAAUAAACAUUUUAUUAUACCAAAACUUUUAUGUGUGACAAGAGGCUUUGUACUAAAGGAAGACAGAGCUAUUGUACUGAAACUGUGUGUGCUCUUUUACACCAAAAAUGCAUCAUUCUGAAUAGAACGAUCAACAGGGGAAGACAGCUUUUUUCGGUGUAAAAAUGGACAAAGACUGUAUUUGCAAGCCAUUAUGUAUUUAGUAUUGAUUUGUUAUGUACUCGGUGUGUGUGUGUGUGUGUGUUUGUUAGCACCUGUACAUGUCAAUGAUUUGGAAUA